CUGUCUUUGAGUCAAGGCAGCGACCCUCUGGUACCCAUCAUGGGUAUUCAGAUUCUACUCUGUCGUCAGGGCGGUCCUCUGAUGAUGGUCGAAGUUCGUACUAUGGUCAUUCUCGUCAGGACUCUGUGGACAUGUAUGGCUCACUGCGUGGCAGUCAUGAGAGCCAUACAAGUUCAGGGGAUGAGCCGCACUCCAGGAAUAGUUCACAUGACAGUUCAGACUAUGCCAUGUCUGGUGAGUAGCAAGGAUUCCAUUGAUUUCUUGAGUAAUUUCUGAUCAGAUGGUCAUGUUUGACCUACAUAGCAACAGAGCUAGAGGUCAGACCAUGUCUGGUCAGUUGAUGGGAUCCAAGUCAUUUACUUAGCUGUCUUUUAUAUUUAACCUACGUAACACACAGGAAGAGGACAGUUUUGUUAAAAUUUGGCCAAAUAAACUACUUGUGCCAAAGCCACGGAGAAGGGUGCUCUUCCCAGAUAUAACUGAGCUCCUCACAUGAAAAUCUAUUCAACAUUUACUACCGUAUCAAGGUAUUAACAGAACUCUAUUCAACAUAUUCUAUCCUAGCCAGGUAUUAACAGAACUCUAUUCAACAUAUUCUAUCCUAGCCAGAUAUUGGCAGAUGUUUGAUCAUUUCUUUCUAUCUUAAGUUUGAUCCAAUCCUAUCUCCUCAGGUGUCAGUGGGAGGUCACGUUCUAGUCAACACAAUCAGGUCAGUUCUUUGUGGCUCAUUUUGGUCUACUUUUUUAUUCUGCUCACCUGUAAGACACAUUAGAAAAAGAAGGGGGGGGGGGGCUGUUUGCAGUGUUGUUUGAUAUAUUUAAUAUAUAGUGACAACCCACCAUCUGUAGCUAAGACAUUAUGUCAUAGUAACAACCCACCAUCUGUAGCUAAGACAUUUUGAAAAUUGUCAAUGUUUGUUGUGGUUUUUUUUCGUUUAAAAAAUUCAUUGUUGCAAUUAAUAGCCUCCCCUUCGUCGUGGAGAACGUUUGGCUGGUAGUGUAGAUGUUGGUAUGGAGGGUAGUGUGUACGCAGCCACAACUCAGAACCCCAACACCAAGCGUCAGUUUGCCAACAUUGAGUACACUUCAGGGAUUCCAGCCACAGGAAACAUUGCUCUAGAGCUGCUCAAACAGACCCAGAACACCAAGUAUCUGCUGGGCCAGGGCCAGAGUAGAUCAGUUCAUGAGCAGGUGCGCCAGCCGCAGGACUGGGGGCGUCACCCGCAAGACUCGGGGCGACAUGUGCAGGACUCUGUGCGACAAGAGACUAUCAACAACCCAGGGUCGGCGACAAACCUGAGUCAGAUCAGUGAAGGAUCGUCCGGUGGGUCCUCACAAUACGCAGUUCGGGGUGACCCGGUCAGAUUAAUCAAAGGUGAGUCUCAUGUAGAUUAUUUCUGGAAGUCUAGUUUUAUAUUCUUCUUGUCUCUUAGGCUGCACAGCUGAUGUUACAAGGCAUUUUUAGAUGGAUGUCCCAUCCCCCCUCACCCAUUGGUUUACUCUCAAAUAAAAGAUGGCUUUUAAAACAGUCUUAACAUUGCUCAAAAUGGUACACAAAGUUAAUCAAUUUUUGUCCUCCUUUGAGCAGAUGAAGUGAUACGUAGAAAGGAGGCCCUGGCUGCCACAAGCAGACCAAAUAAACCAGUCAUGAAGAAAGGUUUCACUGAACCCCCAGCCAACAGCCCCAAGGCCUCAAGAAGGUUUCCAUUGUUUAAGCAUUCUUUGAGUUCAUUAUUUUGCCUGUUAACAAUUUUGUCCAAUUAUUUUUACAGAGAAAUUGUGUAAAAUCAAAUUAAAUGUCAAUUAAGAUUUGUCAUCCUCGCUUUAAAAAAUAAAUAAAGUCAGCUGUGAAUCGGUUUUGUUACAGAUUUAACCACUUUAGUAAUUGUUUGCCCACAGAAACUUGUCUGGUAUGUCAUCUGAAGAGUCAUUAACAUCACGACUGCGUCCUGGAGUCAGCAAUCAAAAGACCUCAAAAGACUUCCAGGAAGAGCUGAUGCGGCUUAUAGACCCUGACCUUUCUGAAAAUGACCUGGUUGGAUUCAAUGUAGGUUGACUAAAUCAAUCAGAUGAGUAGUUUUAUAAUAAUCUUAAAUAAUCUCAAUGUGGUCUUCUGCAAGUACGUGCAGUGCUUGGACCUGUUGGCUAAAUCAAUCAGAUGAGUAGUUUUAUAAUAAUUUUAAAUAAUCUCAAUGUGGUCUUCUGCAAGAACUUGCAGUGCUUGAACCUGUUGACUACCACUUAAACAAUCUGCUGCGGCUGAAUUCAUGUCCUAUUUCUAUUUUGUUGUAUUUGGUGGUAGAAAUGAAACUCUAAUCUUCUUAAAAUAUUAUAAUAAAUUAUGGAUAAUUUUGAAGGCACAUGAAUGCACUUCUAAAAUAAUAUAAAGCUUAGCAAAUUUGAAACAAUAUUGGUUUUGAUGUGUAUUCUUGGUUUUAAAUAUUAGCUUUGAUCACAUUGUAGUGUUGGUUAAGGCUAUUUUAAAUAUUAGCUCUUAUUACUUUGUAGUGUUGGUUAAAGCUAUUUUAAAUAUUAGCUCUUAUUACAUUGUAGUGUUAGUUAAAGCUAUUUUAAAUAUUAGCUCUUAUUACAUUGUAGUGUUGGUUAAAGCUAUUUUAAAUAUUAGCUCUUAUUACAUUGUAGUGUUGGUUAAAGCUAUUUUAAAUAUUAGCUCUUAUUACAUUGUGGUGUUGGUUAAACCUAUUUUAAAUAUUAGCUCUUAUUACAUUGUAGUGUUGGUUAAAGCUAUUUUAAAUAUUAGCUCUUAUUACAUUGUAGUGUUGGUUAAAGCUAUUUUAAAUAUUAGCUCUUAUUACAUUGUAGUGUUGGUUAAAGCUAUUUUAAAUAUUAGCUCUUAUUACAUUGUGGUGUUGGUUAAAGCUAUUUUAAAUAUUAGCUCUUAUUACAUUGUAGUGUUUGGUAAAGCUGUUAUGAUUUAUUAUUUGGAAAGCUUACAAUUUAAAUCACUUUAAAUUUUGUUUGUUUUUCUAAAUCCUGGAUUGCGGACCUGGUUACUCUUAUUAUUUUGGUGCACAAUGUACUAAUUUGAGAUAUUUUUUCAGAUUGUAUGACGAGUCAUGACAGAACGACGAUUUUAAAAGACUGGUUUGAAAAAAUAUUUACCUGUAGCUUGUCCCCAUUAAAAAUUUAAUAAUACAUUUUCGUUGUUAGAUUUAACUUUCUACAUCCGUAUGUGAAUGGACUGAGACAUACAAAUAGUUGGGGACCAUCCAUACUUAUGUUAUCUACAUACUGAGAGGGAAAGUGAUGUGUGGUAUUCAUUAAGGAGCGUACGGGUGUGCGUGAUAGGAGGGAGGUGCCUCAUUUUGUUAUGAUGGUGAUCUUUGUCAUAGUGUUGCUUUGUUUUCUCCACAAUGAACUCACUAGAUUCAGCAACAGUAAUAUUUAGCUUAGUCGCCCUAGUGAGCGUUAGUUGUUGUUUUAACAAAUACGGAAGGGGUGGGGUUUGACUUUGAAGAUUUUGUGUACUCAAAUUAUAGACAGCAUGUACAUACAUUUAUUCUCAAAUUCUGCAAUAAUUUUCCUGAAAUUCAGAAAAAUGAUUUUGAAAUAGAGCAAAUCUAAAGAAAAUGUUGCCAUCCUGGGCAAGUGCCCCCUUCACCCACUUCGAAUGGCCCCCCAGAGGUCAACGUGGCACUUAUUUUGGGAACCACUUGGUUCACCAGUCACCUGUGAAAAUCGGUCUCACAUUUAGUUUACUGUAACAUCACUAUUGUCUAUAAAUAAAUUGAUUUUAAUGGUGUUGGGGUAGGGGGGGUGUCUAUAGCUCAUUGUAGAUGGCAUUGGGAGGGGUGGCUUGUUGUAGUAUGCUUUGUGGGGGGGAGUGACAAAAAAAGUAGGCAUACAACAGGGGGCAAAAGUUGAAUUUUUAUUUUUUUUACGUACCUAAUUAUCUCCACUUCCCUUCUCCCAAUACAACUUGCAGUAGACUAUAAUAUCUAAACAGAAUAACAAGAAAUAAAAUCAGGUUCCAGGAUUGAAAGCAUGGGUGACCAACCCCCAGAUCGCAUGCAGCCACGACGUUUAUAUUGUGGCCUGCAGGAUGUAUCACAAAUAAACUUAUUUCCACAUUCAAUUGGCCCUUAUUUUCCUUUUUUGUAAAAAUCCACAUUUGAACUAUAGAGAAAGCAUUUUUGUGACGUUAUGCGCCAUUUCAGUUUACCUGCCCCAUUUUUGGACUGAUUUUAAACAAAAAUAUUGAAACUGGUAAUCACAAGUUUAAAAGCUAUAAAUUACAAUUUUACUUUCUGUUUCUACUAAAAUUAAAGUAUUUUUAUAAACACAGCUAGGUUAAGGGAACCUAAUUUUCCAAAAGCAUUGCUUCUGUUGUUCUCUAAGCAUAGAAUGAACCAAAUCUAAAUGGAGGAUAUACGUCAAAAUGCAUCCAUAAAUUUUGAAUUUAUAAAAAUUAUUUCUACGGAGGAGCCCAAACCCCACCCGACUUACAUUCAUGUGACUUCAGCGAUCAUCCUUGUUCCCCCACCCUGACUUACAUUCAUCUGACUUCAGCGGCCAACCUUGUUCCCCACCCCGACUUACAUUCAUGUGACUUCAGCGGCCAUCCUUGUUCCCCACCCCAACUUACAUUCGUGUGACUUCAGCGGGCAUCCUUGUUCCCCCAACCCACCCCAUUGUUGUCUAUCAUAGUGGUAAUGACGGGCACCUUUUUAUUUGUGAUAUAUUCUGAAACAAUAUUGUGAUAUUUUGGGAGUGCCAUUGGUAACCAGGUCUGAGAUGGCCAUAUAAAAAUAAGUUUUCCCUUGUUUGUUUCCUAAAACCUGUAGUCACGGCCCCAAGCCUCACGUAAACCUGGUCGCCUACAAAGGACAUUGUCAGAUGAAAGCCUACAUAACUCUAAAGGAGGAACUAGUGACAAGAAUCCAGCACAGGGAGAUGAUCCCAACACACAGAGGUUUGGCCAUUUUAAUACAAAACAUCAAUGGGCCAGUAGUAUUCAUUUAAAUCAUUGGUUCUCAAACUUUUUCCGUCUGACCAAAUCAUAAGCAUUUUAAGAAUAAAUUUUUACGGCCCUCUAUGGAAGACAAUGACCAGGGCAUGUAAUGUUCAAAUAGAUUUCAUUUCUCUUAACUCUGAAAAAUAUAUCUUUCAUCUAAUGUUUUUUGUGAGGGAUAAUCAAAGUCAUAUGUAGGCCCUAAACUUUCUUUGAAAUAUAUCAUUUUAGUUUAAAAACUCACACUGUAAUGCCCACAGCCCCCUUUGAUAGUCCCAGCCCCCUCCCCCCCCAAAUUUUCCAAGCCUUUCAGCAGCCUUCUGGGCAACUCUACAACCCACUUUGAGAACCACUGAUUUAAAUGGAUGAAAUAACAACAGACAAGAAAUCAAGAAAUUCUGAAAUGCAAUUUUCUCGAAUAGUUUAGCCCGAAUUUGCUCUUAAUCAUUUUAUGAUUUUUAUCCAAAUGACAUUACUAUAUUAUACUUUCCUGAAACAUGUGAAAUUAAAGAUAUGGUAUUAAAAUACUAGACUCUUGUUAUAAAAUCGAAUAAAAAAAAUACUAUACUCUUGCCAUAAAAUGAUUUUUUAAAAACUAGACUCCGUUAUAAAUCAUGUUGUUUAUUACAUUAGCAAAAUUUAAAAUCUUGGUUCAAUGGCAUCAGUUUUACUUUCUUGUGUUAUCUUAUCUCAGGUUAUCCCCACGAGCGGUUUCAGACCUGGCCAGCGCGAGACAGAGAAGUAAGUCAACCAUGGAUAAUCGUGUGCCCAUGUUAGAGUCCGCAGCAGCUCUUGACUGGUCUAAACUGGUUAAUGUGGCUUCCAAGGCUAUUGAUGGUUAGGACUUUUUAAAUCUUUCACCUGGUCCUCAAGUUAUUUGUUGCUGUUUGGAUUUUGAUCAUAGUUCAUUAUUUAGGUCAUCUGAGAUGUCCAUCUUAUUAUUUAGACCAUCUGAGAAGUUCAUUUUAUUAUUUAGAUUUGAGAAGUUCAUCUUUUUAUUUAGAUCAUCUGAGAAGUUCAUCUUAUUAUUUAGAUCAUCUGAGAAGUUCAUCUUACUAUUUAGAUCAUCUGAGCAGUUUAUCUUACUAUUUAGAUCAUCUGAGAAGUUCAUCUUAUUAUUUAGAUUUGAGAAGUUCAUCUUUUUAUUUAGAUCAUCUGAGAAGUUCAUCUUAUUAUUUAGAUCAUCUGAGCAGUUUAUCUUACUAUUUAGAUCAUCUGAGAAGUUCAUCUGCUUAUUUAGAUCAUCUGAGAAGUUCAUCUGCUUAUUUAGAUCAUCUGAGAAGUUCAUCUUAUUAUUUAGAUCAUCUGAUAGUUCAUCCUCUUAUUUAGAUCAUCUGAGAAGUUAAUCUUAUUAAGAUCAUCUGAGAAGUUAAUCUUAUUUAGAUCAUCUGACAAGUUAAUCUUAUUAUUUAGAUCAUCUGAUGUGAUCACUUGAAUAAUUCAAGCCUGAAAACCUAAUGACAUUAACUAUUAUUUAGAGCAGUGUUUUUCAACCUGGGUUCUGCAGAACCCAAGGGAUCCAUGAGGGCCAGCCAGGGGUUCUGCCGGUGGCCAGUAAAUAUAUGAAAGCAAUGGCUGAAAUCACCACUGGACAAAGUCUGGCAGUAGCUGCACUGUGCUGUAAUUAGUCCUUUUUUAUCAACUUAAUUAUUUUUUUCCGUUUGUGUCCUAAUGAGCCUUUGGCAUUUGAAUGAAUUUUCAAAAUCCUAUUGUUUUGUGCAACCUGGACCAAUUUAUUGAAAAGAGAAAGUUAGACGAUGUCACAGCUGUCAAAGUAAAACUAAGGAGCAGUCAACUGAAGCUACAUUUAGUACCAUGUCAUAUCAGCGGAAUGUGCCAAAAAUUGUCAAUUGGAAUCUUAAAGUUCGUCAGUACAGUGACUAUUGAGAAUUACUUUUUGUUGGUAGUGAUGGGAAUCUUGGGAUUCACUUAAUUAGGACCCAUUUAGACAGAACGAAUCCUUUGAGUCGAUGGAUUGGGUUCACUUUGGCAAGAGACCCAUUUGGACAGAACAAACCCUUGGUGUCAAUGGAUGGGGUUCACUUGGACAAGAGACCAAUUUGGAAUAGAGCAAACCCUUUGUGUCAAUGGAUGUGGUUCACUUGGGCAGGAGACCCAUUUGGACAGAACAAACCCUUUGUGUCAAUGGAUGUGGUUCACUUGGGCAAGAGACCCAUUUGGACAGAACAAACCCCUUGUGUCAAUGGAUGUGGUUCACUUGGACAAGAUAACCAUUUGGACGGAACAAACCCUAUGUGUCAAUGGAUGUGGUUCCCUUGGGCAAGAGACCCAUUUGGACAGAACAAACCCUUUGUGUUAAUGGAUGUGGUUCACUUGGACAAGAGAACCAUUUGGACAGAACAAACCCUUUGUGUCAAUGGAUGUGGUUCACUUGGGCAAGAGACCCAUUUGGACAGAGCAAACCCUUUGUGUUAAUGGAUGUGGUUCACUUGGGCAAGAGACCCAUUUGGAAUAGAGCAAACCCUUUGUGUCAAUGGAUGUGAUUCACUUGGGCAAGAGACCCAUUUGGAAUAGAGCAAACCCUUUGUGUCAAUGGAUGUGAUUCACUUGGGCAAGAGACCCAUUUGGAAUAAAGCAAACUCUUGUUUCUUUGCGUGGGGUUCUGCUAGCCAUCUAAAUGCAGCAAAGGGUUUCCACUCCAAUAAAAAGGUUGAAAAAUACUGAUUUAUGAUGUUGUUUCUUUUUUGUUUAAAAUUGUCCAUGGCACCAAAAUAAUAGGUUUCAUUAUUUCCAGAUUCAAAACAACAUUAAAAACCAAAGAGUUUUUUAUCAUGAAACAAAGAACGUUUAAAAUACAAUAAAGAUUGAAUGAAGGUUAAACCUAAAACUGGACCAAGAUGUUACACUAUAAAUGUAGACCUUAGAGACACAACCAAUAUGAACAUUAAAGAGCUUUUAGGGGCUCUGAUGUAGACAACUGAUGGAAGAAAGAAGUACCAUUAAGACCGCCAGCCAACAAUGUCCAUUUAGUCUGUGUGCAAGUGACCCAAUGCAUCAACUGCUAUCUUUAUCCCAGAGACCAAUGCAUCAACUGCUAUCUUUAUCCCAGAGACCAAUUCAUCAACUGCUAUUUUUAUCCCAGAGACCAAUUCAUCAACUGCUAUCUUUAUCCCAGAGACUAAUUCAUCAACUGCUAUCUUUAUCCCAGAGACCAAUUCAUCAACUGCUAUCUUUAUCCCAGAGACUAAUUCAUCAACUGCUAUCUUUAUCCCAGAGACCAAUUCAUCAACUGCUAUCUUUAUCCCAGAGACCAAUUCAUCAACUGCUAUCUUUAUCCCAGAGACCAAUUCAUCAACUGCUAUCUUUAUCCCAGAGACCAAUAACUGCUAUCUUUAUCCCAGAGACCAAUUCAUCAACUGCUAUCUUUAUCCCAGAGACCAAUUCAUCAACUGCUAUCUUUAUCCCAGAGACCAAUUCAUCAACUGCUAUCUUUAUCCCAGAGACCAAUGCAUCAACUGCUAUCUUUAUCCCAGAGACCAAUGCAUCAACUGCUAUCUUUAUCCCAGAGACAAAUUCAUCAACUGCUAUCUUUAUCCCAGGGACCAAUUCAUCAACUGCUAUCUUUGUCCCAGAGACCAAUUCAUCAACUGCUAUCUUUAUCCCAGAGACCAAUUCAUCAACUGCUAUCUUUAUCCCAGAGACCAAUUCAUCAACUGCUAUCUUUAUCCCAGAGACCAAUUCAUCAACUGCUAUCUUUAUCCCAGAUACCAAUUCAUCAAGCUCUAGGAGAGUUCAAGUCGUCGGUCAUGACCCGGAGGAUGAAACUGAUUCCUUGGAUGACCAUCCACCACCACGGCCCCCUUCUCCACAGAUGAAUCUUACUUUGUCCAGUUCACCCUCAGGGUAAAUAUUUAUAUUUCAGUUAUGUUCAUUCUUACUGGACAGUAGAAAUAACCAGUCAACAUUCUAUCUGGAUAGUAGAAAUAACAAGUCAACAUUCUUACUGGACAGUAGAAAUAACAAGUUAACAUUCUUACUGGACAGUAGAAAUAAAAAGUCAACAUUCUUACUGGACAUUAGAAAUAACAAGUCAACAUUCUUACUGGACAGAAGAAAUAAGUCAACAUUCUUACUGGACAUUAGAAAUAACAAGUCAACAUUCUUACUGGACAGUAGAAAUAAAAAGUCAACAUUCUUACUGGACAGUAAAAAUAACAAGUCAACAUUCUUACUGUACAGUAGAAAUAACAAGUUAACAUUCUUACUGGACAGUAGAAAUAACAAGUUAACAUUCUUACUGUACAAUAGAAAUAACAAGUCAGCAUUCUUACUGUACGUUAGAAAUAAGUCAACAUUCUUUCUGUACAUUAGAAAUAACAAGUCAACAUUCUUACUGUACAUUAGAAAUGACAAAAUCAUGUCAAAAUUUGAAGCUAUAAUUAACUCACAUAACAUCUACUUUUUACUGCCUAACCUACAUUUAACCUACUCUUCCUAACUUACAUUGAGGAUAGAUGUUAGAGUGAGAAAUAUAAUAAAACAUUUACAGGUCUGCGAGAAGAGAAAAGACCUUUUAUCUCACUAAAAAUGUUAGCUGAUGUUGAGAUGGAUCCUGUGUUUCGUGCUGUUAUCAUUAUGGAGAAAUUAGUCUGUUAUUUAAGUAUAUGGCUCGUCAAUACACAUCAACACACAUACAUUUGGUGAGAUGUUUUAUUAGACAUCAAUACACAUACAUUUGGUGAGAUGUUUUAUUAGACAUCAUUACACAUACAUUUGGUGAGAUGUUUUAUUAGACAUCAUUACACAUACAUUUGGUAAGAUGUUUUAUUAGACUUCAAUACACAUACAUUUGGUGAGAUGUUUUAUUAGACAUCAUUACACAUACAUUUGGUGAGAUGUUUUAUUAGACAUCAAUACACAUACAUUUGGUGAGAUGUUUUAUUAGACAUCAAUACACAUACUUUUGGUGAGAUGUUUUAUUAGACAUCAUUACACAUACAUUUGGUGAGAUGUUUUAUUAGACAUCAUUACACAUACGUUUAGUGAUAUUUUAUUUGCAAUUUUUAAGUACCAAUAUUAAAAAUUGUAUUUGUAUAUUAUCAACAAAAUGAGGAGUAUUUAAUUUUUUUUAGUCCCCACAAUCCUAGCUCUCGUAUGAACUACACUUACCCUCCCCGCCCCCCUUACAGAUGACCAUGAGUGAGCAAGCCAGUUUGCUCAGUCAUGUGUGUAAACAAAAAUAUAACUCUUCACACAACAUGGAAAUGUGAAUAGAGAGUAUGUCUUUAAAGAUGGAACAUUCUUGUCAAUUCCUUUAGGAGCAAGUCAGAUAAAGAAGCUCUAACAUGCACACAUUUUUAAAACUAACAAAACAAUUUAAAAAACACAAAAUUCAAUCAAAAAGUACCCAUAGUACCAGACCACCCAUUGUACCAGUCCACCCAAUGUACCAGUCCAACCAUUGCAACAGUCCACCCAAUGUACCAGUCCACUUAAUGUACCAGUCCACCCAAUGUACCAGUCUACCCAUUGUACCAGACCACCCAUUGUACCAGACCACCCAUUGUACCAGACCACCCAAUGUACCAGUCCACCCAAUGUACCAGUCCAACCAUUGUACCAGACCACCCAUUGUACCAGUCCACCCUUUGUACCAGUCCACCCAAUGUACCAGUCCACCCAAUGUACCAGACCACCCAUUGUACCAGUCCACCCAAUGUACCAGUCCACCCAAUGUACCAGACAACCCAAUGUACCAGUGUAACCCUCCCCUCCAUUCAAUGCAUGGACAUAUAGUUUGGGUGUUACAAAUAUAAAAUAUUUUAUAUUCUAUAUUGAUGUAAACAUUUCGUAAUAUUUCUCACAGAAUGUCUUCUUCCUACGUAUCCAUGAUGACUCCACAGCAAAAAAUACAUGAGUUGGAACAGAGAGUAAGCAAGUUAUCUCAGGAACUGGAUAAGGUGAGAGGUAAUAGGGGUUGAAUAGAAGUAGUCCUAGUUGGGGUUGGAAGGGGUGGAAACAAUAUUAGCUAUAAUUAUCGGUGUUUGUAAUAGUGGUGAUAGGAUCUGUUUUAAUGGAAAACAACUAAGUUUAACUGAUUUGUUCAUUCCAUGAGGUCUUCCUAAUUCAUUUAGGUCUUUGGAGUGAUGGGGUCUUUCAAUCCCAGAAUCCUGCCAUGAGUCCCAAUAAUGGCUUUAUGAUGCAACUUAAAAUUGAGAUAUGAAUAUUAAUGAUUUUAAGAAAUUAAAGAAUUGAACAAAGAAGACCACUUAUUGUACCCCAUGAUUAAUAACAGAUUUAUCAAGGCUUUUCAUCACAUACUCUCAAUGUAUCUUUUAAGUGGUUGCCAACCCAGCUUACAUUUGUGAAUGCUUGAGAUAUCAGAAAGGGGUUAAUAGCAUUUUGGAUGUCUGUGGGGAAAUCUUAAAUAUGCCUAUAAAUAAAACUGAAAGCAAUAAAAAUCACUUUGAAUUUUGCUGAGGGCUGACUUGCAGGAUUGGGAAGACCAGUCUGAAGUCAUUUUCUAGAUUUACAAAUUCCAUUUUUAUUCGUUAUCAGAGUGUAAAACUAACACAAAUUUGUUCUUUCUGUUUGGAAGCAUAAUUUCUUUUUAAUGCAUGCAAUAUAUUUUUUUUUUACUUUAAAUUAGAGUUAAAUGAGGAUAAGGUAAGUUAUAACUAAACUUUGAGUGAUCUGUUGUCAAUUUUUCUGUCUUGAUGUGUUUUGUUAUGUGACUCACAGGUUACAAAGUGUUUUAUUUCACCCCUUGAAUAAAUAGGUCACUGGCUAGUUUUCAACAGCACUCCUCCUCCCCCCCCCCCUGUAUAAUCAUGUAAAUAAAUUUUGACAUUUGUAUCCAGUUAAUAAACAUCUAUUGAUUAAAAUCAUCCUAUGAUGAAUGAAUCUGCCAUGCUUGAAUGAUAAAGAUUGACUAUGGAAAUCUAUUCUUCUCUGUAGAUCAGACUGGAAAAGUCCGAAAUGGAGGUAGAGAUUCAGGAGCUCAGGGCGGACAAUGUCAGACUACAGGAAGAAUCUCACACGGCAGCAACACAGCUCCGACGAUUCACGGAGUGGUUCUUCAACACGAUAGAUCGGCAGUGAACAAAACUUAUCUCUAAUAUAAUCACAGUUACUGUUGGCUCCUUCAGUUGGCUGUUAAAAUCAAUCUGUAAUAUAAUUUAAUUGACUUCCUAGGUUGGCUGUUUGUUGUGGCCUUAUCUCUUGUCAACAUUUUAUGAAGAAUCUAUAUUUAACUCCCUUCCCUUGCAUCAGAUGAAAUCUAUCUGAAAUAAAAAAAACAUUAUUAAUUCGUCCAAAGUGUCAGAUAUGAAGAAUGAAAUGAGAUGUCCUGCACUGUUAACACAAUAGCAUAGUCAAGUCCACAAUAUCAUUGCAUCUAUACAUCAUUGUAGGCCACUCUCACCAGCUGAGGACUUGUUUAUCAGUUGUACGCAAAUCCUGAAAUAAUACUUUCAACACAUAUUUGGAGCUUUUUUUUUUUUUCUCUUCUUGAAAACUCGC